UUAAACUGAACACAUUUUCUCAGCAAUAAAAUAUAUCAAGCAGUACUACGGUUUGCUUAUGCAUUUAUUUUGAUCAGUGUUGUAUGUUUCUCGUUUCUCCCCAAACCAAUAAGUUUCGUUUGCUCUAGUUUCGCUGUGUUGUGUAUUGUGUAUAAAUGUAAGUACGUUAAGAUGCCUCUUUACCUAUACGAACUGUAUAUAACUGCGCGCUGGAUUUUUUGCGAUUGGUUUAUAGUAUUCACUGUAAUCCGGUAGCACACUGCUGAUGGUGCUGCUUGUUGCUGGUUGUGGAUGACUGCCCGGCUUCACAUCACGAUUUUGUCGAUCUUGCACCGUAGCGCAGUGUUUCAUCUGCAACAGAGAUGUCUAAACUGAGACAAGAGAAAAAAACAAUGACAUCGACGUGCCCCAUAUACGAGCUGUCCAGCUCACUGGAAGAUUCAUGUGGUGAUCCUCAAUUACAGCGUCUGCUUGAAACAACCUGGUCCGAACGACAUGAUGCCGGUAUCGGCUUUCGCUACCAUCUAAACAUCGAGCGUGAACGUGUGGCUGAAGGAAAGUUUGGUUUUCUCAUUCUGCUAAACCGGCAGCGACUGACAGAACGUCGACAACCAUAUGUGUUUCUGCUGGAUGCACCCUUCGACGCAUCCCGGUUUAACUUUACGCGUGUCGAUCCGGCCGAGAUACAGCUGGAGCUGUUCUGUCCGUACCCGGCUACGGUGCUGAUCAACAACAGUCCGGUGACGGUGUAUCACUCGCUCGUGGUACCGGACCGGCAGGGUGCCCAUUCGCAGCUACUCACGCCGGAAGGGAUACGCGUACCGUUCGAGCUAUUGCUACGCCUGCCGGACCGUCGCUACCGGAUCGGCUACAACAGUCCCGGUGCGCAAGCCUCCGUCAACCAUCUCCAUCUUCAUCUGCUACGCAUCGAUACGGAUCUUUACGUGCAGCGUACGGAGCUGUUACCGGUACGGGGUAUGCCGCUGCUGUAUCGCUUACCGGACCAUCUUCCCGCCCAGGGUUAUUGCUACGUGUUGCGGGAUCCAUCCCGCGACCUUGAGCGUGUCUGUAGCGGGUUGAAAACGUUGCUAGAUACGCUGUUGGAGCGAAAGAUGGCGCAUAAUCUGUUCUGGACCUGGCAACACCUGCGCGAGGGUGUCGAAAUACGUGCGUUCGUAUUUCCACGGUCGAAGCAGUGUAUCAACAAGGCGGCCUGUUCGUUCAAUGCAGCGUUUCUCGAGCUGUGCGGGUUCGUGUCCGUCGGUGAGGCGAACGAUUUCGAACGGCUGACGGAGGACGCGAUUGUGGAGGCGCUGCGCGAGGCACAGGGCGAUGUGUACCAAGCAUUAAGUGACCUGUUUCCGAUCGUUACUGCUGAAUGAUGGUGAAACGUACUGACGUAAAACAUACAUAAACAACACACGUGUGUGAGAAAGCUUUGUGAUAGUACUUGGUACUUGGGUAGUAAAUUCCUAGAAUCAGACUACCUUUGGCACACCUUCGCCAGGUGUGAGAAAAGACAAACAAGUGAGACGACCUGUCACCAGUGCGCGUGAUACUAAAUUGAGUUCCUAUGAUUUCACCCCCCUCCCACUGCAACCGAGCAAGUAGAUUAAGGCUAGGAAUUGAAGAUGUACCUAAAAAUAGCUUACUAAUCCAAUAACUGGAAAGGGUACACGGUAAGGUUGGUUUUUCUCGCCCAACAAUAAAGUAGGAGUGCAGCAAAGCACAACAUUCCAACUGUUCAACAGGGCGCGUACCAAAACAAAAUAACAUCCAAAAAUCCCCCCAAAAAAAAUAAAAGAGCAGUCGACUCGCUCGCAGU